AUGCCAUCCGCAGUUCUCACCAUUCUUGCCACUGCGGCCCUCGCAGUUGCGCAAACCAACACCAAUCUGCAGACCUCGUUCCCUACCGCCACGGCCACCUCCAACUUGGCUGCCGUCAAGACCAUUGCUGCUGGCCAAUCGUUUGACGGCAAGAUGGUCCAGUACGACCGCAACCCGUCUACCUGCAGCGAACAGGCCGAGGGCGGUGACGACGACGCCGUCUUCAUCCUCGAGAAUGGCGCCACGCUGAGCAACGUCAUCAUUGGCCCCAACAAUGGCGAGGGCAUCCACUGCAAGGGAACCUGCACCCUGAACAACGUCUGGUGGACGGACGUAUGCGAGGACGCCGCAACCUUCCUCCAAACCUCCGGAACAUCAUACGUCAACGGCGGCGGCGCGCGGGGCGCCUCGGACAAGGUGUUCCAGCACAACGGGGCGGGGACGGUCGCCGUCAAGAACUUCCUGGCCAGCAACAUCGGAAAACUGUACCGCUCGUGCGGGAACUGCGACACACAGUACGCGCGCCACUCGACCUUCAACAACAUCCGCGUCAUCGACAAGGCCUCGGUCGUCGCGGGCGUCAACGCCAACUACGGCGACACCACCCUCAUCCAGAACUCGUGCCUCCUCAAGGGCGCCGCCUGCUGGCUGUACGAGGGCAACGACGACGGCGAUGAGCCUACGAAGAUUGGCAGCGGCCCGUCGGGGACUGCGUGUACCACUGCCGCGGUCAAGACGUCGGGUUGCUAA